AUGGAUGAUAAUGAUUUGUCAAACUAUGAGUCUGUUUACCAGAUUCCACUGCUAUCGAACGGCUCUUGUGAUAGUUCUAAAUUGAAAGCCGAAAGCAGUAUUAUUACUGAUAAGUCAGGAGUUGUCAUUGCACAACCGCGUUGGAAGAAAAAAUACUUUUGUAUUUAUUGUCACAAGUUAGUUGUUAAACUACCGAGACAUAUUGAGACUAAGCAUAAAGAUAUUGAAGAAGCGCAACAACUAAAAAAUACACCAAAAGGUACUCAAGAAAGAAAAAAAUUGAUCGAAAUUUAUAGAGACAAUGGUCGAACUUUGCACAAUACUAAUCCUAAGUAUACUGGAAAGUUAUUAGUUAGUCGUCGUCCAAAAUCAGAAAAUAAAUCUGCUGAAGAUUAUAUCACUUGUCCAAAGUGCCUUAAAACAGUGCUAAAACAAAUGGAGCACACUCAUAAAUUCCUUGGUCGCGACGUAGAAGGGCGUGUUCAUGCCAAUGCAAGAGAUACACUCAGUUUAGUGAUUUUUCCUGUAUUCCAAGAAGACGCAAUUGUACGCUUAAUAAGAUAUGACUGGUUAUUAGUUUUGUAUGGUAAUAAAUUGUGCAUAAAACAUACCGCACAUUACCAACAUAAUUUGAUUCGAGCUAAGUUACGACUUGUGGGACGUUUAUUAUUUGCAGCAAAAGAACUAAACCCUCUAGUAGAAGAUCUUGCGUCUAUUUUUGCACCGGAAUUCAUUGAUACGAUAGUAAAAGCUAUAGAAGUAGUUGCAAGAAUAAAUCGUUUGGAGAACGAUUGUGGUGCACCGUCUUCCGCUUUAAGCUUGGUAACUUACUUAAAGCAUAUUAGUAAAAUUUAUGAAAGUGAGCACGCGAAAAAGAAUUAUAAAGAAGGUUUAGACAGAGUUAUGAGAUUUAGAAAGGUUUACAAAAAUGAAAUGCCAGAUUCCAUAAAUCAAAUCGCCGGGGAGGCUCAAAGUAAGCUAAAAAGACAAAAAGUAGUUUUAUUACUAAUGACUGAAGAUAUUCAGAAGUUGAUUAAUUAUUUAAAAGCUGAAAGAAAAAAAUGUUUUAAAAUCUUGGAACAUUGCUUUAACUUGCGAGAAUGGUUGAAUGGUUUGAAAUUCGUAUCUGCCUAUAUUCUCGUUUUUAAUCGUAGAAGAGUAGGUGACAUCCAAAAUAUACUUUUAACUGAUUUAAAUAAGAUUGAGUGUAUUGAUAGAGAAGCUGAUCGAGAAGAAUUCAAUUUAUUGGAUGACACCGUAGCGGUAAUUGUGGGUGCUGAUAUACUUAAAGAAAUCAAUAUUAUAAUAAGACACCGUCUCAGCGCAAAUGUACCUCCGAAGAAUGAAUAUUUAUUCGGAUUACCGAAUAAUAUUGAUGACCGCGUAAGGGUGGUUAAUAUUUGCAAGGAAAUGAGAAUUUCGUCUAUUGAUUGUGGUGCAGAAAAGCCAGAAUUACUUCGCGGAACUGGAUUACGGAAACAUGUAACAACAAAAUGUAUUGAACUCGAGUUAAAUGACAAAGCCCUCGGAGAUGUUAUUAAUCAUCUAGGUCAUUCUGAAAAAAUACAUAAAGAUUUUUACUGGCAGCCAAUUAAGUCUAAAACAAUAGUCCAAGUGGCAAAAGUUUUGGAAGCUGUACAAGGUCCACUUGACAUUGAGGAAGAUGAGGAUAUCGUCGAUGAUGUUAGUGAUUUUAUUGUAAUUCCAGAUAUAGUAUGUGAAAAAGAGGCAAAUCGAGAUUUUCACGACUUCUCACAACCAUCCUGUUCAUAUGUUAUGAAAGAUUCUGAUUUGAACCAAUCUAGUUCUUCCACAAGCAAAUCAAUUCACGUCGAGUAUGAUUUGUGUAAUGAAGAUCACUUUUCUGGUGAAAAUACGGCAAAUCCUGAAAGUAAUAACUAUGAUUAUACUGAGAAACAUCAGAAGAAGCGCUGGACGCAAACAGAACUUGGUGUUGUUUUUUCGGCAUUCCAUCAUCAUUUGCAAGCUAAAACCUUACCAUCAUUGAACGACAUCGAUGAUCUUCAAGAAAAAUAUCCUUGUUUGCAAGGUCGGUCUAGAAAGUCAAUCAAGACCUGGGUCUCAAAUCAAAUAAAAGGGAAACCAAAAACAUCAACGAUGGCACUCAAAAUAAUUGGUAAUCAAACAGUACAGCUGGAUGUGACUAAAUAUUUGAAAAAGAGAGUUCAAACUCCAAUACAUAGUCAAAACUGUUAA